GUGAUUUUCAAGCGAGCAGUGACACGACCAUAUCAGACAGCGAGUAAAGCGGGAUUGUGUUGCGUUUAAGCGGUUUCUACGUGAGGAUACGGAAAAGCCGCUUCAAGUUUCUGAACAUCUGGGCAGAGAUGUAACAGUUUCCUGGUAUCUGGGUUGUGUUUUUGUUGCUUUUGUUGUAUUUGUUGUGGGGACCUCCCUAAAGCUUCUACUCAGGAACUCUGACAUUCCCUGUCUUGGCAGCUACACUGUUUUCCUUUUGCCGCAUGUGCAGAAAAUGGCAACUGCUCUCAGUGGACGCCCACCUAACAAUCGAAAAGGCCGUAUUUUAGGCAUUAUUGACGCCAUCCAGGACGCUGUUGGACCCCCCAAGCAGGCGGCUGCGGACCGCCGGACCGUAGAGAAGACAUGGAAACUCAUGGACAAAGUAGUGAGGUUAUGUCAGAACCCUAGACUACAGCUGAAGAACAGUCCUCCGUACAUCCUGGAUAUUUUACCUGACACUUACCAGCACCUGAGGCUGAUUCUGUGCAAAUAUGAAGAGAAUCAGAGACUUACUCAGCUAAGUGAGAAUGACUAUUUCAAAGUGUACAUCGACAGCCUGAUGAAGAAAUCCAAAAGAGCAAUUCGCCUCUUUAAGGAAGCCAAGGAGAGAAUGUAUGAAGAACAGUCACAAGACAGACGGAACCUCACCAAGCUCUCGCUGAUCUUCAGUCACAUGUUGGCCGAGAUCAAAGCCAUCUUUCCAGGUGGACAGUUCCAAGGAGACACAUUCCGCAUUACCAAGGCUGACGCCGCCGAGUUUUGGAGAAGGUCUUUUGGCGAAAAAACAAUAGUGCCAUGGAGAAUGUUCCGGCAGUGCCUUCACGACGUGCACCCCAUCAGCUCCGGGUUGGAGGCCAUGGCUCUGAAAUCCACCAUCGACCUCACCUGCAACGACUACAUCUCCGUCUUUGAGUUCGACAUCUUUACACGUCUUUUCCAGCCGUGGGGCUCAAUCCUGAGGAACUGGAAUUUCCUGGCUGUCACGCACCCAGGCUACAUGGCCUUUCUGACUUAUGAUGAAGUAAAGGCACGUCUGCAGAAGUACAUCAACAAACCUGGCAGCUAUAUCUUCAGACUGAGUUGUACGCGGUUAGGACAGUGGGCCAUUGGCUAUGUCACCAGUGACGGCAACAUCCUGCAGACCAUCCCACAUAACAAGCCGCUGUUCCAGGCACUCAUCGAUGGAUGCAGAGAAGGCUUUUAUCUGUUUCCAGAUGGGCGCAGUUAUAACCCAGAUCUCACAGGUCUGUGUGAACCCACCCCACACGACCACAUUAAGGUCACACAGGAGCAAUACGAGUUGUACUGUGAGAUGGGCUCCACGUUUCAGCUGUGUAAGAUCUGUGCUGAAAAUGAUAAAGAUGUUAAGAUAGAGCCAUGUGGUCACCUCAUGUGCACUUCCUGUUUGACAUCAUGGCAGGAUUCGGAUGGUCAGGGCUGCCCGUUCUGUCGCUGUGAGAUCAAAGGAACUGAGCCCAUUAUUGUUGAUCCGUUUGACCCACGCAACGUAGGGGGCAAGUGCUACUUCCUGGACCACUUCAACUCCCCCAUGCUGGACCUGGAUGAUGAUGAUGACAAAGAGGAAUCGUUGGUUAUAGAUCAUAUCAAGAAGUCCAUGGAGAUCCAGAACUCGCCGAUAAUGUCUCCGAACUCAUCCCCUGUGUGUGAACGCCGGAAAGCCACUGCAGAUCAUAUGGGUCCACACUUGAACAUUCCACCCGUACCGCCCCGCCGUGAUCUCAUUCCUAGUCCCACAAGUUCACCCAAGUCAUCUCCAGGCUUGUCCAGAAAACAGGAUAAACCCCUUCCUGCCCCUCCACCUCCACAGAGAGACCCUCCUCCCCCACCUCCACCAGAACGCCCACCUCAUAUCCCUCAAGACGGCAGGGCCGCUUGGCUUGUCACCCCUUCAUCUGGCCUCCCGAGGGACCCCAGAGCGCCCCUGGAGGCCUGGAGCCCCAUAGACAGCACUGCUUUGUCAGAUUGCAGGACAUCUGCUGCUGACCGCUCCCCCAAACUCGCCCACGCUGCCCCUGUGCACAUCAACGGAAGACCCCUCAGCUGCUCCGGUGCAGACUUGGGAUUAAACCGAACCAGCCACAGACUGAACACGCAGUCAGAGUGUAGCAAGUCUUUCGUCAACGGUCUGUUACCUGGUGAUGAGUAUGACAUCCCCCCUCUGCGUCACUCCCCUCCCCUUGUGGACCACAACCAGAGACACACCAACCCCUUCACAAGCCACCGGAGUCUGGCAGACAGAGUGGAGGACGAGUAUCAGAUCCCCUCAUCACAUCCCGUCUGCAUCACACAACCGCCCAUCUGCAUCCCCUUUCGCAUCCCUAACAGGGCUGUAGAAAACGGCUCGUCGGAUCUCUCAACAGAUGUAAAGAAACAUAAACCCCCAGAGCAUGGUGGGUUUGACUCUGGUUCGUUGAUUUCAGGUGUGGCUCACACCACACAGUGCCCCCUUAACAACAGGACACCCUCAGACUACGACAUUCUACUGCCCCCUCAAGCAUCUCCAAUGGAAGACCCGUUCAACUCUCUUCCUCCGUCCCAGCCUCCUCCUCCUCCCCCCAUCAGGAACAGUUUCACAGAACCCUCCUCCUCCUCACCCUACCCCAGACCUGCCCGCCCCUCGUCUGGACACGAACACUUCCUGCUCAGCCCUGACACUUUCAUAGACGCAUUGAAUAACUCGGCUCCCAGUCCCCCUGUGCGGAGACUAACAGGAGACAACAUGAAGAAGCCAUUCAGGGCUCCGCAAGACUACGAUCAACUGCCGCCAACCUCAGUGGCCGGAGAUUGCUUCAGGGCACCUGAGAGACCUCCCAAGCCACUUCCCAGGAUCAUCCCACCAGACAUCCACAGAAGACCGCACGAAUCGUCCCGGGAGAAUGUCGACGCCAAGAUCGCCAAGCUUAUGGGGGAGGGCUACUCAUUUGAAGACGUAAAACGAGCGCUGAUGAUCGCGCAGAACAAAGUGGACGUGGCACGGAACAUUUUGCGGGAGUUUGCGCUAGUCGCCCCCAGGCAGGGCCUGUAGCCCGUGUCGAAAUUAUUUCAAACUAACUAUGACUGUCUCGAAGCAUACAAACCGCAGGCUGACUUCCGCUUGCUUUUGUAUGAGACGGAAACGUGUGCUUUUUCGCCAAAAGGAGCCUAAUGGAGCAGUGCGUUUGUAACGAUGGGAUCCUGUGAAAAAAACAAAAAAAAAAGCCUUGUGUUUACAGUGACAUGGCUUAUCUGCUGCGCUCAGGUCAUCGUCAUUACAGCUCGGGACGUUCAAGAGAGGAACGGAAAUAGAAUUUUUGAUAUUUGGAGGUGUCCAUCCACAUUUUAGAUUGGAUUUGCUGCGUCCUUCAAAGCAGUGACGUUUGUAUUUCUCUCAAAUCUUCUGGAGUGAAAUGAGAGCAGCUCUGAGCGCUUCUGUUUGUGUUGACAGUGUCUGCAGGCUGUUCAUGGCUUUCCUGCCACUGCUGCUGCCACACACACACACACACACACACACACACACACACACACACACACACACACACACGUACACACACACGUGUAAUACACACGUCCAGCCACUCCUUCCUCGCCUCUCGGCUAUCAUGAAUUUUACAGCAGUGGCUCUCGGUGUGACCAUUUCUUUUUUUUUUUUUUAUUGUAUUAGUUUGACGUGAACACGACCAAUCAGAUCAGAUCAUUUGAGGAACAAAAAGAGAUGGACUGCGAAUAUCAGGUUCAGUUUUUUUCCGUUUUAAUCUUCAUCGACUCUUAACAGAUGCCUUUGACAACUGCGUGCAUUCCAGCAUUCGCAAGCAAGGGCUAUAUACGGUCGUUUCAUCUUCUGUAAAUAGGGCCUGUCAGCCUGUGAAUAAAACAAACCCAAAUGUUCCCUUUGGAUGCAUUGGUUCCUUAUUUAUUUCAAAAUAAGUGCAGUGCAGGAGGAAGCCACCUAAACCCUUCCCUUUCCUUUCGUUUACCCUCAGCCCACUUGCACUGACGCGAUAUGCAAAAAUAACAACUGGACCUGCACCGUUUGUAUUAACGCCUGCCAAACAAACCAAAAAAAAACACAGAAUAUCAUCUGCGAGUCAUUUUAAUGUGAUAGGAUGGUAGUGAUGCCCACAAACUGAAGAAAACAAUCCUUUGACUCAAUUUCCCCCCCAUUGUCAUUCCUCCCUAUAAGGUUUUCUCUUGAACUUGAACUUUUUUGCACUGGCCUUGCUCUCCAUCUUACACUUGAAAGUCUGAGAACUGAGUGGACCCUCCAGCAGAAGAGGAAGUGGCCUUCGACAGGUUCACAACGGGAACGCUUUCUGAUCAUUUCUGCUUUUCUUUUUUACCACAGAUUUUAGUUUGUUGGAAAAUGCCUCGUGGAUCAUUUCAAAACCAGUGAUGUGUGCAAUUAAUUUAUACUUUGUUAAAAGUUUUCUUGGAGAUUAUAUUCUUCUUUCAGUAAUGUUGGUAACCUGUGAUCUGUUAUUGUGGAGCAAAAAACGUUUUAUAAAAGCCAGUAUUAACAAC